AUGAUGAAUGAAGACAUAUCCAUCAUUGAUGGCCAUAAUAGUUUUUUAACGGAAAAAAGCACCGUGCUAUUAACCCAAGCCAAGAGAACACUAGAAGACGAAAAGGAAAUGAUUACUCCCCCGAGCUCAACUGUGAGAAAAACAAUGAAGGAAGUAAAUAAGAGGCCGUCGCAUCCCCUCUCACCGGAUCACUCGUCCCCAAUUGCUCCAUCUAAGGCCAAGCGCCAAAGAUCGGACACAUGCGCUCGGUCCAAUGGUAACCUAACCUUGGAAGAAAUUCUUCAAUCUUUGGAAAGAAGAAGAAUAAAUGGUGAACUCGCCAAGAAACCUCCAUAUUCGUAUGCAACUUUGAUUUGCUUGGCCAUUUUGCAAUCUCAGGAGGGAAAGCUAACGCUAUCCCAGAUAUAUCAUUGGAUCCACGUUCACUUCCCUUAUUACAAGCAGAAAGAUGCUAGUUGGCAAAAUUCAAUAAGACAUAACUUGUCUUUAAAUGAUGCGUUCAUCAAGACUGAAAAGUCCUGCGAUGGUAAGGGUCAUUUCUGGGAGGUCAGACCGGGUGCCGAAACAAAAUUUUUCAAAGGUGAAAAUCGUGGUUAUGAAUUUGUAAAGGACUCCUUACAAGACAUUGGGAAGUAUUUUGAAAUAGAUUCUACACUUGAUGAAUUAGAACAAGUUGAGAGUGGAGAAGGCAAUGAUGAUCUUCCUGACGAGGAAGAAAGAGAGGAAGCAGGGAAAUUCCCUUCCAUUGAAAUUCAAUUGAACUCCUCCCCUAUACUGAGAGUUUCCCAGUUACAUCACAUACCGCAAUUGAAAACAGACAACAGUGUACUGAACCCUCACGAAAACCUAGAAUCGAUGCGGAACAUGAUAGAAAACGAUGUCAACAAUAUAGAUUCCUUGGAACCUCCUUAUGUCAUGAAGAAAUAUCAUACUUCUUUAGGCUUACCGUCGCUGGUGAAUGCCAAAGAUCAUUUCCAGGCGGGUGUGAAAAACAAUAAUAUCACCCAGGCAAAUAGAUUUAAUACACUCCCUAUAACUAGCGCAAAGUCUCCUCAGAAUUUCAGAAAAUAUUUCACCUCAUUCAAUUCAAAUUUUGAAGAUUUAUCUCCACUUCGAAGUAAUGUAGGGGCUGGUUCUCUACUCGACCCACUUCCGUAUUCCCCAUUGAAGCUGUACGAUCAGAAAAAUCUUGCGCUCAUGUCGAAACCACAAUCUCAGCAAUCAUAUUCCAAUUCUCAACUUCCACCUCCACCUUCCUCUCAUGGUUCGGACUUACUUAAAACACCCAAGAUGAGGCAUUCCGAUGGCUUAGAGAAAACCCCAUCGCGGUUGAUAAGCACACCUAAGGACGGUAACUCGAUUUUGAGGAAAUGGCAGACUCCUUCACACCUUUUUGAAGAUUUGUACUGUUCUCCGCUAUUUAGAGCUAUAGAGACUCCAAUCAGGUAUAUCACGACGCCGGGGGGCACUUUGGAAACCCAAAUUUCACCAAGAAAGUCCUCUGCACCCGAUGUCCUCACAAGCGCAACGAAUUCCAAAUUUGCUUCAAGCGGGCUGUUUGGCGUGGAUGUUUAUUCUGUUUGGAAGCGCGCAACUGAAAAGAUUUCUGAUGGUAACAAUACUACGGAUAGCAAUCAAAAACAUCAUCCUUAUCAUAAUCACCCUUCCAACGAUAGCGGUAAUGAAAAGAAUUGA